UUAAUAUUACUCCUGCGGAAUAAUUUCUUCGUGGGCGUUAUCAGUCUGCUAGACAAGAGCAGCGUGAAUUUUCGUUCAUUGCGAUGGUUGGCAAAUUUACGACUUCGACGUGUGUAAAAAUGAUCGCGUUAAUUGUAUCGUUGUUAUGUGUUCUUGUGACGAGUGCGAAAAGUACAGGUACCGGUAUUUCGAACGCUGUCGAUUUAUCGCAUCCUUUGAGCUCGGAAACUUUGAUGUGGGAUCCUAACGCCAAAUUCAACCUAACUGAUAAAACACUGUACGAAAAUAAAACCCAUUUUUACGCCGCUAAUCAAUUUUCUGGACCUGAACAUGGUGGUACUCAUUUGGAUGCUCCUUAUCAUUUUCAUAAACAAGGAUGGACUGUUGAUCAAAUCCCCAUAGAACGUUUAAUUGCUCCAGGAGUCUACAUUGACGUCAGUGAUAAAGUCAAAGGUAACUCGAAUUUCGAAUUAUUGGCCGAGCAUUUGGCUGAAUGGGAACACAACAACGGACAUAUUACACACGGUUCCGUAAUAUUAGUAAAUUUUGGCUGGUCCGAACGUUAUGGAAAUAGGACAUCAUAUUUUGGCAACUCGACACAACCGUAUAGUUUCCCAGGUAUUUCGGAAAAAGCUGCCGGAUGGAUGGUCAGCCAUGGAGGUAUUUAUGGAGUUGGAUUGGAUACUCCUUCAACAGAUCCUGGAAAAUCGCAAACGUACCCAGCGCAUAAGAUGUUGUGCCAAAAUUCCAUCUAUGGAAUAGAGAAUUUGAAUUUCAAAGGGAUCAAUUUACCUCCGAAAGGAUUUAAUGUGAUUGCUUUACCACUUAAAAUAAAAGGAGGUACGGGAGGACCGUGUAGAGUUGUUGCUAUGGGUUUGUAAGAUUUUGUUUUAAUUUAUUUUUUUGUACAAUUUUUUACAACUGUUUUUUUUUUAAUACUUGGGCAUUGACGAGGUUGUUUUCAUUUUUAUAAUAAAGUUUUUGUUGAAUA